ACCGUCGAUUUCAGUCUCCGCUGGGCAUCGGUCAAGGCAACACGCUUGCCGCUCUCUCCCGCAGGCCGCCUGAAGCCGCAAUGCUGUCUCUCCUCCUCGCGCUGCUCUUAGGCUCCGUGGCCGGUCUGGAGAUGAAGCCCUUGGCCAUCGUGAACAAUCGACAGUAUAUUUCUUACGGCCUCGGUCCUUCCGAGAACAACACUGUCCUACUGUGCGCCUACACGCUAGGCGAGGGCCAGGCGGUGUCUGGGGUCCUCUGGGAGAUCCUGAAGGAGGAAGUCUCGGCCGGAACCUUCGAGUGGAAGCCCAACGCCCCUGCGACUGCCACAGGUCUCCUGAAGAACAAGGUGAACCUCGAGCGCGAUGACAGUGACCUGGAACUGACCACGCUGACCUAUGAGCUGAGCGCCAACUACAGCUGCACCGUCACUGCCGACGAUGGCAAGACAGCGAGUGCCAGGGAUGAAAUUCUGAUCAUAGACACCACCAGCAACCACAUCUACGAGACAUUCCUCCCGUCGGAGGCGACAUGCAGCCUCAACGUCUCCGUCAGGUACUUCCCCGUGUUCCCGGAGCCGACCGUCAUCGCCGGCCUGUACUCGGAGAGCCUCGGCAAGUACUUCAGGAAGGUCAACGCCUGGGUCGCCAACCGCCAUUCCAACGGCUCCGUGGCGUACUCUUUCAGCAACUAUGUUAUUAAGGUCGACCCGAGUGUCCCGGAUGAUGCCGUCUUUCGCUGCGACCUGGGCGUCACGAAGGCCAAUGGGACAGUGAUCAGCCAGUCUGUGGCCACUAGCUAUUUCUACUUCAAGCACGGCUGUAAGGUCCUCCCUGUCGGAGAAAACCAGACAGUGAGUUACAACACCGACGACAGAACCUGUUACGGAGAACCAUACAAGACAGGAAGAGUAGAGGCGAGGGUGGAGUGCGCGGAGGGCUUCGCCAGCAGCGGGGACGUGACUUCCGUGACGCUGGUGUGCGACUCGGUUAACGCCACGACUCAUCGCUGGAUCCCCGAGGACGAGGGCCUUCUGCCGGAGGACCUUGUCUGCGAUUCCUACACGCCGGAACCGACGACAGCCGAAGGGGCAGCCAUGAGGGUCGCCAGCUGCUACGCCUUGCUGACGGCGACGCUGCUGCUGUGCUUCCUCAGCCGCUGACGGGUGGCAGCCGUGGGCGGAGGUGACCGAGUGUCAGUCAUGCCAUCGGCCGAGACGACUCGUAGAGCCUCAAGACGCGCCCUAAGACUUCGAGAAUUCUUGUGAUGAUUGACUUGUGAUUCCCUGCGCUGACUCACGGUUCAUUUCAGGGCUUAGAUUAGGCCUACAUUAUCCUGGCUUUUAUUCCUUUUGAUAUUUGAAAUAUUCCAUAAACUAUUAAGGUCUCGGUUUUUAGGGAAACGUUUUAUACAUUUAGUUUAUUCGUUUUUUUAAAUGUAUUUCCUUUCCGUUUUCUAAAAUACUUAUUUUUAUGCUUUUCAUUUUACUUUUACCCAUUUUAUUUAUGUGUUUUAAGUAUAUCUAUUCAAAGAAAAUUGUUUUUUAAAAAUGUUUGCCUCUGACGUCACCGAGGCAAUGUAAAUAAGAGUUUUCAAAUAAUAAAGAGUUGGUUAAGACA